AUGGCAUCGCGGCCGCAACGGCUCGUGAGGCGCCGGCCUCUCUCGGAGAGGAUUCGCACGCUGUUGAACCCUAUGGACUUCUACCUCUGGCUGUCUGAAGAAAUACAAACCUUCGACUGGGACUCCAAAACGUUCGGCACUCGUUUUGGAUUGGCAGCUAACUUUGUUUUCCUAAUCGCGAGAGCAAACGCCGGCACGACACACAAUGCGGUGGAUGAUGUGUUUGGUGACGCGCCUGCCAGCGGCUGGUUCACUCUUGUGGCCAACUUCCUCCAAUGGGUACUGAUUUCGUUCUCAAUUUUGAACGCAUUUUUCACUAUAACGCGGACACGACACUACCGACUGUUCGAACGGAAUGUGGAAGGGGACGAACUCGGCACCCCUUCGGCGCAGCGCGUUCGCGUCGACGUACCCCCCGCCUCAUCAACGCCCUUGCGACUCAUUCGUGAGGUCUUGAUGCCCGAAACCGCCGAGCAACGAGCACACCCCGACAGGACCCGGGAUGUGUGGGAGGUGAAGAUAUGGGACCCUUACCCGGCGACGUUGCGCCUGUUCUGCCUCUUCAGCCCGGGUCAUGUCCUCAUCCACAUGCUCUUCCUCCCCCUGCCAAACCUCGACCCCCGCCCGAGCGUCACGGUGUUCAAGUGUUUCCUCCUACAAAUUAUACUGUCGGUGCAGCUUCUGGUCAUGCACUCCCGCUUUUCCCAGCAGAGCAAAGACACAGCUCUUAUCCAGAAGGAAGUCAUGCAUGAAUACGACGUCAAAUACGUACAACCUCGGCUGCACCCCGUAGUUCGCGAAGUUUCGACGCAGGUGUCGAUCAAUGAUGGGAGGAUUGAUGAGGAGGAGGUCAGAGUCGGCACACCAGCAACGCUGAUUCAAAGGUCUUUCCAAACACACCCGAACCCAAGCUAUGCGCGAUAUGUCGAUCCAGAUGGGGAUCGGUCCAGUAACUCCAUGUCGCCGCAGAUCCAGUCGUCGAUGCCUGUCAACCCAUUUACCCCUUUGGCCAAACCUAGGACCUCGGUGCCACCGUCGUUUGCUGCUCAGGUACAGCAGCAACGACAGUCACCGGUUCGCAGGAGCCUUCCCCCAGGCGCGUCUCUAGGCGUAAAUGGAUCACCAUCGACACCUUCCUCCCUCUCCAGACCCACUACCGUUUCAACGGGUACGUCUACCGGCACAAACCACAACCAGCUAUCUGGCCCCGGUUACGGCGGUAGCCUCGGUGCGUACAGCCAUAUGAACUCACCGCUGAAGAAGGCGAUCAGUCUUGGUGAUAUGAAUGGCGGGUAUCAGUCACCACGAAACAAUCGUGAAAUGGCUGCGCUUGAGCAACGCGAGUUGGCCGGGCACAUGGUGCGCCAGAGUAGUCCGCUCAAAGACUAUCACCGUGUUGCAACGGGUGCUCCAUCGCCGGAUCGAGACCUGGACCAAAACCCGACACGGCCACUGAGCUCAGCAGCAUAUCUUCAUUCUCCCGAGAAGUUAGCCAGGGCGAGGGCGAGUAGAUGGACACAGGAACGGUUCCCCACGAGGAGGUUGUGA